AUGGAGUUGAUAAGCGAUACAUACAAGCAAGAAUCAGCGUUUGACUUAUUUGUAAGUCUUCAAGCUUCUUGGUUAUUUCUGAAGUGUGGUUGCCCGAAUAUUGAUUCGCUUCUUCAUGGAGGUAUUUUAAAAGGUGAGAUUACAGAAAUUGUUGGCGCGAUUGCAGUAGGCAAAACUCAGUUUUGCUUGACAAUAACAGCAGAAGUGCUAUUGAAUCUUGAAAAUGAUGAUUAUGUGAUAUAUAUUGAUACUAAUGGAAGUUUUCGAAGCAAACGCCUCCUUCAAAUUAUCAAUUCGCGAAAUAGUUCGCGGAUGCAAAAUGUUGAAUAUUUAUUAUCGCGCGUUCUUGUAAUAUUUAUUAAUGAUGAAAAUGGCCUGAAUAAAGCUUUAGAUAAUAUUAAGCGAUGUGGGAAGAAAAUAAGUUUGCUAAUCGUUGAUAGCAUUGGUUCGGCACUUGCAGAAACUUCUCUUUGUUAUCUUGAUAAGGGUAAGGUGAUUGUGGAUGAAAUAGUCGAAAAACUACGAUCGAUUGCAUUAGUGUUUGGAUGCGCUGUUCUCACAACAAAUCAUUUGGUUUUUUGGAGAAAUUCUCCAUCACCGUCCUUAGGUAAUCGAUGGUUGACGGCAGUUAAUUCAAGAUUCUUAAUGGAGAAACUGCCUAAUGGCUUUUGUAUACAACUUAUCACUUCUAAAAGAUACCAGUUAUCUGGUGAACAAGCUUUUUAUGAAAUAAAUGAAAAAGGAAUCGAUUCGCUGAAACAAGAAGAUAAGAAAAUUAUCUCUGAAGCCAGUUUAAUUUCUUCGUAA